CUGUCUGCUUCUCCCAUUAGAAAAACUACUCAGCCCUAACGAUGGAGAGGUGGAUAAACUGAGGGCAAAGAUGUCGCAGCAAGAAGAAGAAAAUAGAAAGCUUCAAUUACAAAUCGAAUCGCUGCAAAUGGAAGUAAACGAUGCCGCGGAUCUCCAACGUAAAGAAGAGGAGAUGAGAGAAAAUACGCCAGGUGAGACUGAAUGGUCAAAUAGUAAGUUCAGAAAUCCUAAUAUGCGGGGAAGCUUCGAGUGAAAGAUUACAAGCUGCUUUGAAGUAUUACAUAAUUCAAAUGGUACAGACGAUCAGGCAUUGCCACAGAGGACAUAUCCCAAAAUGAAUAGUUACAUAGCGAAAGGUACAGAAAUGCGCCAUGGUUUAAUCCCCUGGAAGCUGGGAAAUCAUAGGUUGUUGUCAUUUGAAAUACAAGUACGCUGUGUAUGUAGCCUUUGUGGAGAGAAACAAAGUUAAUAUUUAUAUUCGAAUAUUGUUCAUUCCCGCCGAAAAUAUGGUAUGCUCUAAAAUUGUUGAAUAUGGAUAAGGUGGCUGAGAAAAAAAAUAACAUCAAUUGGGGAUCAUUUUUAUCAUAAUGGACAUCUGCGGCUGCUGCAAGAGGAUGUUGAUUGUUUACGGAUAAAAACGUCUCUAAAUUAAACAAAACUAUGGAAGUCGCAAAUACAAGAUCUAUGUUAAACGUUAGAUAUAACGUGUGGGUUUUGGAGACGUGAUGUAAACUUUCAGCAAUAAUUGUAUUUUUGCACCUUGUCAGAAGAUGUGUUGCACAUUUAUAGUGUUCAACUUUCAUUCGAAGAUCCCAACAUGCGGUACAGAGGAGAAAUUACUUUAAUUGAUUUGAAAAUUAAAAUAAUAACCAACUGCAAAAGCGAGGACAUGCUGGUAGUCUGAUUGACAACGUUCUACGAAAGUGAUAUCUAAAUCUAAUUUGAUCUAGAAUCUGUAUUAGCCACAUUGUCAUGCACGGAACAUAUAUACGAAACAAGACAAAUAAAUUGGCUCCUUGGUACAUUGGAUAGCAUGGAGGUUGUUAUCAAUGAACUUUGCUCUCAUGCUCGUCAUUGCUGUGCUCGGUUAUCUUCCAGCAGAAGAGAAAGUAAGACGAACAAAUAAUGUAGACGACGAAUUGAAAAACAAGGAUACAGAAAUCACUGAACUGUUGCAAAAGCUUCAACAGUUGGAAACAGCAUCCAGAACUGGCAGAAGAGGUCUUGGACAGAGUUGCAUCUUUGACGAUGAAGAGCUUCGUGAAAAAAACGCAGAACUGGAUUCUUUAAGAGAGGAUCUGCAAAUGAAAGAGGAAAUGCUGAGGAAGAAAAACAUUGAACUAGAAGACCUCAAAGGUCAAUGCACUGAUCACAGUUUGCAGGCAUCAGAUUGGGACACCAUCAAGAACAAUAAAGUGCCGGUGAAAAUGAACCCAGAAUCAUCCGAUCCACAGUUCAUAUUUUCGAAAAACUGGACAACUGGUACGUCGGAAUGGAAAACGACGUCGCCCUCAGACAAGAAGAUGAAAAAUUCUGAUAAUUGGUCAAUCUGGGCCAGUGAUGGCAUUCUGUCCGGGAAAAAAUAUUGGGAGGUAUCAGUGAGCCUCGGUUCAGUGUGGAGCGUGGGAGUGUCAGAACGUCAAGUGCCCAUGAACAGAUGGACGCGGCUUUCGCCAAGCGAAGGCUGCUGGAUGUUGAUGUUGUGGAACAUUGACGAUUCGGCCGCGCAGAUGAGGACAUUCGGAACAUCAACAUUGAUGAUUCCGUUAAGUAAUAUCGGAAUCUACCUAGAUUUCGAAGGUGGGCGAUUGUCCUUCUACAAUUCCAAUGAUGGUGCCCACUUGCACACAUUUUCUUGUAAAUUCACUGAUAAGGUAUUUCCUGUCUUUAAGCUCUGGGUGAGCACUGAAGCUAGCAGCUAUAUUUCUAUCGUGUAAACGCAUUUUUCCAAAAAAUAUUCGAUAUGUUUAGUCGAACAGCAUUUGCAUAUCCCACGAGGUAUUAACAUGACAAUCUUCUACAGACUACUAACAUCUAUGCACUCAAGUAUUCCAGCAAUGUUCCUGUGUUAUUUUGCUUAACGAAUGGCAAGGAAUUCCUUGUGUUUGUCUGUGCAGCAAAGCUACAUUAACUGCAAAAAUUUAGCUGACAAAAUAAAAUUGCUUCUUUGAAUUUCUACUCCGUUUAUUAUUGUUCCUUGUUUGAUGUGUCUCAAUUUACUGAUGUCGUACGGAAGUCCCCCAUUGAACUGAAUUCACUACACACAUGAAGCUGACACAUACGUUCUGUAGACUUCCGUUUAGCGCCGUUUAGUGCAUCAUGCGUGGUUUAUACACAGUGUUAAAUGAAUAUACUAAUCUCAGUUUCAUUAUUCCUAGUUUCCCAUGGUUAUUGCAGAUUAUUCGUGGUGUUUUUAAUGUCUCGAAUACGGUUUGUCCUUUAUUGUAUAGGAGCAAAUACAAUAUAUACCGUGAUGCUUAAAACGACCUCAGCAUGAAUUUCUACUUGGCAAUUAUUCAGCAGAUAUACUUAUGCAGUUCACCAAACAAGUUAUUGAUACACAAAAUGCAUAUAUUGUAAACAAGAUUCGUCAAACUGUCAUCGCCUACUUGGAGACAUGCUUGCUACAGAAGAAUUAACCAAGGCCUUGCAAUAUCCAAAUCUCUCGAUACAAAUUUGGAAUGAGUAUGUCGAUUUGUUUUUCUUUAUGAUAUAUUUUACUCUUUUCAUCCAAUUUGUUCAAGUCUUCCAAAUUUGGAGCGCCUUGUUUCACUUGCAAUGCCACGUCUGUUUCCAUUUGCUCCCUCUUCUUUUCUGCCCGUCUUCCAUGCUUCAAAUGUCGACAUCACUAUCAUCGUCCGUUACGGGCGACAAUCAGUGGCAGCCAUAACCAAUCCAUUAUGGUGGUAGCAGAAUUAGCUCGGAAAACUUGCAGUUUCCAGGCUCGCGACGGGGGCGUUUGUAAGUUUGGGCCGUUCACUUGCUACUUGUCAACGAUUCCAUAUUUUUUUUGUUUGAUGUAUAAAUAAAUCACAGCAGCCCCCACAGCAAUAGAAAAUGUUUAGCCCAUUUAAUUAUAAUUCCUCAAGUUUUCGUCAUGAAGCAGCAUGCCUAUAUAUUUAUGUGUGGAUCUAGGGUAUCCCCAUUUUUAUCUUCGUUGUUAGCAAGCCCAAACUUCAAUUUUGUCUUGCUCGUGACUAUAUGUUUUUGAAGUCCAUUUGUAGUCUAGGAAUUGUCAACGUCUUUUGUUUAAAUCAUGGAAAGAUAUUGAGCCGGUAUAUCUUCAAUAUUUUCAAUGAAUACAAUCAUUUGUUUUUCUUAUGUAUUUCAUUCAAUGAAUUUUAUCAAAGUCUACUUUGCUCUUUGAGUUCUCCUUCAUCAAAAUAUAGUCUUUGGCGAUAGUGUAGUUAGGGACGUUGGUACUUUUCUCUUUGACGAGGUUCGAGUUAGUCGAAGGCUGUGUUGCAUGCCUAGUUCGCGGGUUCAGGGCAUCUCGUCUGAUCUCCAGAUGAACUUGAGUAAGAAGGGAAAGAUCCGGCCGUCGUGGUUCACGUGGGUACCAAUGACGUAGGUAGAACGAGGAAAGGGGUUCUGCUAAUGAAAUUUGAACAACUGCGCACAUACUUGAAAAGCAGAACCAAGUGGGUAAUAAUAUGUGGAUUGCUACCUCAGCUACAUGCAAAUUAGCAUAGGUUUGAGAGGGUUCGAGAGAUGAAAGCGUGGCUCAAAGAAUGGGGUAGAAGGAAUGGAUUUGAAUAUGUGCGACAUUGGCACCAGUAUUGGGAAAGGAGUGGACUGU